AUGCGGCUCACAGGCACCGAGUCGACUGGCUGGGAGCAGACAUUAGAUGAAUACAUCAAGGCACUACAGCAUCAUGACUACAUGGAAAAGCGCAGCACAUCGGCCCGCGACCCCUUCUUGGCCACGGGAGAAUAUGCCAUUGACAACUAUGUGCUAAAGAGCUACAUCGGUGAUAAGUUUGAUAAAUACCCUAAACUUGAGACCAGUGUCUCGCUUAGGGCCUGGGAAGACGUCAAGUCAAAGGGUUGUGAGUCCAUCUGCGGCACUCGCUACGAUAACAUACAGAAAACCUGGUGGAGCAAGUUCAAAGAGCGCAUCAUCCUCGCGGCUGUUGGAGGCGCCUUUCUCAUCGGACCAAUGUGGAUAAUGGUGUUGUUGAGCGGGCCCUUCAGCUCGCUCAUUUGUACGACCGCUUGUGUGGCAGGCUUUGGUAUCUUGAUAUCCUACUACCUUGAAGACGGAAAGGACGUUCUGGGCAGUACUGCAGCAUAUGCAGCUGUUCUUAUAGUGUUUGUAGGGACAAGUUCUUCAUGA